AUGAGGGCCCACAGCCUCCUUCUCCUGGUGGCCCUCCUGGCUUUGGGGAGCCAGCUGCCUGCUACCUUGGGCAGGAGGAAGGGAGAGAAAUCUGGGGGCUGCCCACCGGACGAUGGGCCCUGCAUCCUAUCGGUGCCUGAUCAGUGUGUGGACGACAGCCAUUGUCCCUCAAGGAUGAACUGCUGCCACAAAGCAUGCUUCCGCCCGUGCGUCCGUAAGGUUUUCGUUAAGAUGGGCAGCUGCCCCGAGGACCAACUGCGUUGCCUCAGCCCCAUGUGCUCCAAAGACUGGGAUUGCCCGGGCCACAAACGGUGCUGCGGCCAGGACUGCAAAAACCCUCUCUGA